GAGUAAAAACUUCGCCUCACAGCUGAUCCCAAGUGACGUGGGAUAAAUUCAUUAUUUACCUACAUUUUCCCAGGGAUCUGCAGCUGUGGAAGCACAGGAAAUUCCAAGGAAAUGAUCCAUAGUUUAUUCAUAAUCAACUCCAGUGGGGAUGUUUUCCUGGAGAAGCACUGGAAGAGCGUUGUUCCACGAUCCGUCUGUGACUACUUCCUGGACAUUCUACGGGCAAAGCCCAAUGACAUUCCACCAAUUAUUGCCACUCCUCAUCACUACCUGACCAGCAUUCAACGUGGUGGGGUCUACCUGCUGGCAGUGUGUAAGCAGGAAUUCCCUCCGCUCUUUGUGAUUGAGUUCCUGCACAGAGUCGUUGAUAUCUUCGAUGAUUACUUCUCCGAAUGCACAGAGACGACAAUCAAGGAGAACUACGUGGUGGUGUAUGAGCUCCUCGAUGAAAUGCUUGACUAUGGGUAUCCGCUCGCGACUGAGAGCAACAUCCUCAAGGAGCUGAUUAAACCACCAAAUAUCCUCCGGACGAUUGCCAACACUGUGACUGGGAAGUCCAAUGUGAGUGGGACUCUGCCCUCAGGGCAGCUCUCGGCUAUCCCGUGGCGACGAACUGGUGUGAAAUACAACAACAAUGAAGCCUACUUUGAUGUUGUUGAGGAAGUUGAUGCAAUCAUUGAUAAAUCCGGAUCUACUGUCUUUGCUGAGAUCCAGGGAUAUAUUGAUUGCUGCAUAAAACUGAGCGGAAUGCCCGAUUUGACGCUCUCCUUUAUGAAUCCUCGCCUCUUUGACGAUGUAUCCUUCCACCCAUGCGUACGAUUCAAGCGCUGGGAAUCCGAGAGGAUCCUCUCAUUUAUCCCACCAGAUGGAAAUUUCCGCCUCAUGUCCUACCACAUUGGUACGCAAACCGUUGUAGCCAUCCCCAUCUACAUCCGCCACAAUCUCAUCCUCCGCAAUGGGGAACAAGGUAAGCUGGACCUCACUGUUGGCCCCAAAACCACCCUCGGGCGCACAGUUGAGAAUGUCAAGCUGGAGAUUUGCAUGCCGAAGGCUGUUCUCAAUUGCAUCCUCGUGGCCAAUCAGGGGAAGUACACCUUUGAUCCUGUUACGAAGAUCCUGCACUGGGACGUCGGCAGGAUCGACAUUACCAAGUUGCCAAACAUCCGAGGAGCGAUCGCCGUUCAAGCGGGCUGCUCGUCCAUUGACACGAAUCCAUUCAUCAACGUGCAGUUCACCAUUUCCCAAUUGGCUGUCUCGGGGCUGAAAGUAAACCGCCUGGACAUGUAUGGGGAGAAGUAUAAGCCCUUCAAAGGUGUAAAGUACGUGACCAAAGCGGGUAAAUUCCAGAUACGUAUGUAGGUGAGAGAGGUUCAAUAACAAAAAGAAAAAAAGAAAUCUCAUUCUUAUCACACCUCAAACAUCUCUAUAUUUUUCGAUACAAUAAAAUGGCUAAAUUAGGACAUUCA